AUGCCACCCACGGAGCACUCGCCGCUUCUCGCGGCAAACAAUGAGGUCGAGGACCGUAUCGACGCCACCGAGGAUUCACCUUUGCUUGCAGAUAACGAAGAUUCGCAGCCCGAACCAGAACACCAAGAUGGCCAAGAGCGUCGGUCAACUUCCUCUGCGCUGUGGCCGCGAAGCAAAUCAGCAGAUGGUUCUAAGAAAUCGAAAUGGAGAUGGCCAAGCAUUGCUGCUGGGGCCAUCCUUGUACUGCUGGUCAUUGCUGUACUUGUUGGCGGGUUCGUGAUGCCAGGCGCUGUCAAAGAGUAUGCCGAGGGUGCUGCGGUCAUUGAGCCAACCGGUCUGUCUAUCGAGUCCAUCACCAGCGACGGUGUUCGGGCACGUAUCCAAGCCGAUUUUCGGUUGGAUGGGUCUCGUGUGGACAACGUCAAUUCUCGCCGCCUCGGCCGCUUCGCAACGGGCAUCAUGCGCAAGCUGGAGACAUCGGAGACCAACGUGAACGUCUAUCUCCCGCAUUACGACAACUCAUUACUGGGCUCGGCUGUCGUCCCGCCCAUCACUGUUGACCUGCGCGACGGGCACACAACUACCGUGGACUUUGUCACCGAUCUCACUCCCGGUGAUGCUGAACAAAUUAAGAGGAUUGCCAACAACUGGCUCGAGGGAAAGCUGGACCAACUCAAGGUCACUGGCGCCGCUCAGAUCCAGGUCAAAUCCGGAAUAUUCCCUCUGGGAGCGCAUGACGUGGUGGAAUCCAUGGUAUUUGAAGCAAGCAAAAUCCCGUCGGUGCCCGAGUACAACAUCGAGCGUCUUACUUUCACGGACGUGCCCAUGGGCCGCGACGGACGCAUGGCUGUUGGUGCGAAUGUCUCACUCGCUCUCCACAAUGACUAUCACAUCGGCCUCAAUGUCCCUCCACUGGGCUUCGAGAUUCUCCUGGCCAACUGCGACUCUUCAGACCCCUACAUCACAGUGGCGGAGGCUGUCACUGACAACAUUGAGGUGCGCCCCCUCGCUGAUGUUCACGCUGGAGCGCUAGGCAUCAUUCGCGAGAUCCCCCAGUCGCUGGUUCGGUCCUGCCCCAAGAGCAACAUGUCUCCACUGGACCACUUCAUGGGCCGGUAUCUACGGGGCGAAGAUGCUGAGAUCUAUGUCCGCGGCAAUAAGAUCGAGGACUCUGACGCGCCGGAUUGGAUCACGUCUAUUUUGCGGAAUAUCAUGGUGCCUAUCGAGUUCCCUGGACAUUCUUUUGGCAACGUCAUCCGAAAUUUCUCUGCUACCGAUGUCAACUUUCAGAUGGGUAGCCCAUUCGCUGAUCCUAACGACCCAGAAGGUGUGCCGCAUGUAUCAGGAACCAUCCAGGUCAUUGCAGCGUUGCCAGAAGAGUUCGACAUCGACCUCGGAGUCCAGAACCUACGGUCAGAUGCUGAGCUCUUCUACAAAGGCAAGAAGCUUGGGAAUUUGAACAUGGAGGAUUGGAAUCCUGCAAACUCGACAAGGGUCACAAUCGAUAACGAGGUUAUGAUGAACAUCACUUCCCGCGUUCUCAACGUACCACUCGAUGUCACGAACAAUGACGUAUUCACCGACAUUCUACAGAAGAUGUUUUUCGGAGACGGUGACAUUCUUCUCACUGUCGAAGCAGAUGUGGAUGUGCAAGUUGGCACUGUACUUGGACACGUUGAUCUCAAGGGUAUUCCCGCGAACGGGACCAUCCCAGUCAAAACAAUGCCUCGAGAUACCCUCACCCAACUCCUCCCGCAGGUCGACAACAUACAAAUCUUGAAUACCUCUGAAACGGGCGUCACCAUGGAGGCCAGGGUGAAUUUCACCAACCCUACCCCAUAUACUGCGCAAAUACCAUAUGUCAACCUUCACAUCCUCAACAGCGGGUCUCUCAUUGGCGAAGCGAUUGCGACGAACGUGAACCUCAUAUUGGGGAACAAUACUGGGAAUAUCAUACACGCCACCUGGGAUCCAUGGACUUUUGGUGGCGACGAAUCUCGACGGAUCGCCAAGCGUCUCUUGUCAGAAUACUUGUCGGGCGAAAACACGACCCUGGAAGUUCGGACUCACCGCGGCACGAUCCCAAGCAUGCCACUCUUGGGCGAAGGGUUAUCCAAACUCAACAUCACCAUCCCAACGCCUCGAAUUCGAUUACCGCACAAGCCCGGCGGGGACGAGGACGGGGAUGGUGGCGACGAGGACGACAGAGACAGCAGCCGCUUCAUCCAAGGAGCCACUUUUCACAUAUUCUCAUCCACAUCCACGUUCACGCUCGCGUCGCCCCUUCACCACGACACGGUAUACAUCGAAUACAUCAACGCCACGGCAUUCUACAACCACACGGAGCCUAUCGGACAGAUCGUCACGGACCAGGCGUUCCCCGCCCCUCCCGGAUUGACAGUCACGCCGAAGCUGCCGGUUGAGUGGUCGCCUAGUCACAUUGGCUACGGCAAGCUUAAAGAAGCACUUGGCGGCAGGCUGAAGCUGGAUGCGGAAGCCGAUGUCAGGAUCCGUCUCGGCAGCUGGGUCGAGGAGAUACACUACAUUGGGCACGGCAUCGGUGCCAAGUUGCGGAGAGUGAGCGAGCAUCUUGUGAGCGACCACGCAAUUGCACGCAGAGACUUUGCACAGCCUCUCAAGAUGCUUCGCCAGACCGAAUCAUCUUCUACUGCUGCAUCUCUACGCGCUCAGCGCCUGCCCCUUACAUCCGUGGACAUGAACAGCCUUAGGUCCGGAGCCCUCAAGGCCAAACAUGGGAGGACUCUGGAUCUCGGCAAUCUGGUGCGGAGAGAUCAGGUAGACAGCGAGAUGCGCGUUGACACUGUCGUCUUGGAGCUGUGCUUCGAGUCAGACAAGGUCAUGCGGCAGUUCAAGCACAGCCUGGAGGACGUUGCUCCUGGCCGACCCAGGGUACAGGAUGUACAAAGGCGGCAGUGCCCAGAGUUGGAGCCGGAGGGUCUGAGGUUGAACCAGUACAAGUGA